UUUCCCGCUCAGCGGCGGGGCCCAUGUAUCUGCUUUCGCUUUUCUAGUCUCCCCCUCUGGGCCACGCCUCCUGCCCUUUGCGUUGCGCGCUGAUUGGCGAGUAGGCGUUGUCCAUCCUGGCCCGGGAACGCCUAUCUCUCUGCUACUGAGUCAAGAUUACAGUCUCACCAUGCAGAACCAGCCAGCGGUGCGGGAACUUCCUGGAUCCUGGCCACCAGAACAUACAAUAUGGUUGAAUACUGGAGCACCCAUGCCACUCCUGGGGCUGGGCACGUUCCGUCUGCAAGACAAGGAGACAGUGCGCCUCAGCCUAAAUGCUGCUUUGGAGAACGGCUACCGUUUGGUGGACACGGCUGCCGUCUACGGCAAUGAGGCAGCCAUAGGGAAUGCGCUACGUGAACUCCUGCCACACUACGGUCUCAGCCGGAAGGAUAUCUUCCUGACCAGCAAGCUGAGUCCAAGAGACCAUGGAGAGGGACCCGCCGAGGCGGCCUGCCUCCAUAGCUUGCAGGGACUGGGCUGCGAUUACCUGGACCUCUAUCUCAUCCAUUGGCCAGGCACGCAAGGCCGCCCUCAAGAAGAUAAAGGUAACAGAGAACGUCGACAACAGAGUUGGCGGGCUCUGGAGAGACUCCAUGAAUCUGGAAAGCUCCGGGCCAUUGGGGUCUCCAAUUACACCGUCAGGCACCUCCAGGAGCUGCUUGCAAGUUGCCGCGUGCCCCCGGCUGUUCUUCAAGUGGAGCUCCACCCGGAACUGGCCCAGUCGGAGCUGCUGGAUUUCUGUCGCCAGAAGGGUAUCCACGUACAGGCUUAUUCUUCACUGGGCACCGGCCAGCUCGUGAGGUGUCCGGAGGUAGUGAAGGUCGCCGAACGGCAAGGGCGUACCCCUGCUCAGGUCUUGCUUCGUUGGGCUGUGCAGCAGGGCGUGAGCGUCAUCCCCAAGUCGGCAUCCCCAACCCGUGUGGCUGAGAACAGCCAGCUCUGGAACUGGAACUUGACCCAAACUGAGAUGGAGGAAUUGAGAGCACUGGAUUGUGGGAAACACUACUGUUGGGAUCCCAGUGGGGUGGUCUAAGAGAUCAGGGUUGAGGGGGAAGGGAGAGGGAGGCUGUGAAUGUGAAUUCAAAGUCUUUCAAGACCCCUUGAAUAUAAAAUUUUCAAAUCUUUUCUUUUGGGAGCCCAGAGCUGGUAGUGAGUUUGUUGCCAGCCUUCAGUGGAAAUUGCUCCUGGGGAAGGAUUUAUAAUUCCUUGAGCGAUGGGUGUCAACAUACCAUACACCAGAAAUAACAGCAUUUUAAUAAAGGCUUUUACAAAUUUAUUCAUAUUUAAAAAAAACAAUUCUGGGUUUCUUCUCUACAGUGUUUUUUUGCAUUUUUGGGGGAGGGGAAUACUUGGAGUGGGGGUUGAGAGGAUGCUUGUGAUUCCUUGUAAAAGGGGCAGGCGGUAAAAUGGUUACACGUCAUACUAUAAUGUGAGGCAAAGAGGAACCCCCCCCCCCCAGGGGAAUGGGUGGGGAGGUGCUGUGGAAUGGUCCCCACCCUUCCUGGGUACUUUGGGAUAAGAAAACAUGCUACAUUGAUCCAACUUAUUGCCCACCCCUCUUUUGUUCAUGAAAACAGCAGCAAAUCUUGGUCAGGGAGGACUUCUGGGAAGUCCAGGGGAACUUCGGCGCCACCAGGAAUGCAGGGUCUCCUUCCAGCCUGAUGUUCGGAACAUCUGUGAGGCAGUCCCUGCGCUCUUGGGCCGUGGCAGCUUCUACAAGAGAAACGAGCUAUGAGAGAAAAGUGGUGUCUCCCUCACAACAACAGACUCUCCAUUUAUUACUCUUUACAGUUAAGAAACCUAAUGACAGCCGUAUAAUUAAGCAUAUUAUCCUUUUAAACGGUUAAAAACAUUGUUAUUCUGUAUACUAAUUUGCUACCCACCCACUAUAUGUAAGAUAUAAAAGAUACGUAAGAUUCUG